UUUUUUCUGAGCUUGUCCGCACCCGUCCCGGUGCAUUGUGGGAUUUUUUGACUCGCGUAGUGGCCAUCGGCUGCAUACUGCAAAAUCUCGCCGGAAGCAGUACACCAUCCGGGUAUUUCUCGCCUACUAUAUAUUAGGUAAAAAUGCGGUUUUGGCCGCAGCCGGAGUUAAUGAUGUGCUCAGGCUGCAGACUGUAAGCCCAGUCUCUCCCCUACGCGCUGGGCACUAUGGCGCUGCGCCUUGAAGCGCCUGUAUACGUGGCGCUGAGUCUGGCCUCUCUGUGCUGCGUGUGUCUGGCUGCAGUCAAUUCGGGAAGCUCGACUUCUCUCUCCGGCCUGCUGCCGCCUUACGACGAGCUCUACUACCGCGGAGUGCGGGCUUAUUUCUCGGAGGACUGGGAGAAAGCGGCUGAGUUCAUCGAGCUGUCCAUAUCGACCCGGGAAGCCCUGCGCAAGAUCAGGCGCAAAUGCCACGACGACUGCUCGACUGCGGGGGACGAAAUAGUGGCCAGACUAGACACAGAAAAAGGCAGAAUCUGGGAUCUGUGGGCAUUGGACUGGAUCCAACGGCGAGCAGAGUGUAUACGGUUCUGUCUGGGCCGAGCCGUCACUCCUUCCGGUCAGCUUCCUGUAUCAUCGGAUAUUGAAUAUGAAUUCGGGACUCGCAACGCUUACAAUUUCCUGCAGCUUAUCUACUACGAGUUGGGUAAGCCGAAGAAGGCUGCUGCUGCCGCUCGCACAUUCUUUACGGCUAACCCGAGUCACCUGGAGAUGAGGAACAACAUAGAGAAGUACAGACGUAUGGCUGGUGUUACAGAGGACGACUUUCAGGACCGAGAGAGAGAACUGGAGAAACACUGGGAGGUCUAUGAUGCUGCCGUCACAGCUGAGAGCUCCUCUGACUGGGCCCGAGCGGUGGAGAGAUGGAAGGCGUGUGUGAACGAGACGCUGAAGCAGACAGAUGAAUGCAGAGCUCAGUGUGUGGUGACAUCGCAGCGCCUCCCAGAAGAGACAGACAGCGUAGAAGGAGCAUAUGAAAAAGCUGCAGACCUGAUUCUCACUCUACUGGCAUGCAAACAAACAUGUGUUGCUCUGGUGUCCACACGGCCUGGACGGAUUUCUCCUCAGGAGGAUUUCCUUCCAAUGCAGCUAGAGCAUCUCCAUAUUGCCCAGUAUAAAGCGGGAGACUUGAAGGGGGCAGUGCAGACACUGCGUUCUCUGCUGCUGUUUUACCCAAAUGACACCGAGUCACUCAGUAACCUGCAGCUCUAUUUGGAGUCUCUGGAGGGCGACACUGAAGCACAGGCCACAGGCCCUUCACAGGAAAUUUCCAACUACAUCAGCAGAGCUCUUGCAGAAAAGAAAUUGCUUUACUUUGGAGUGGAAAAUCUCGAAUUCAAGUUCUUCGACCCGGAUCUGUGGACGCCGGAGAACAUCGUUCCCGAGUCACUGAGGGAGAGCUGGAGAGCAGAGAGAGAACAGCUUAAUGAGAAACUAAAGGAAGGAGAGAAGAUGUUAGAGGUGGACGACAGUGGAUUCUAUGCUGGAGGUCCAGUUCCUCUGGUUGGUGUGACCAUUACAAUGGAUGACGAGGCCCUGAACGGAACCAAUCGUGUUGUAUUGGAUGGCGUUUUGUCCCAGUCUGAAUGUGACACUGUGACGCAGCUGGCAAAUAUUGCUGCAUCAGUCGGUGAUGGUUACAAGAAGCGGCGUUCUCCACACACACCUCAUGAGAAAUUCGAGGGCCUGACUGUCUUAAGAGCCUUUAAGUUGGCGCAGGAUGGAAUGGUGAACCAAUCAGACGCCAAGCUGUUACAUGAAAUAGGCGAGAGAGCUCGAAUCCUAAUUCACUCCUAUUUCAGGAGCCACUCCGCUCUCUAUUUCUCCUUCACCCACCUGGUUUGCCGCUCCGCCAUUCCAGGGCAUCAGGACGGGCGGUUGGAUCUGUCUCACCCCGUCCAUGUGGAUAACUGUAUACUGGAGCCAGAGACCAGGCAGUGCUGGAGAGAAGCACCUGCAUUCACACACAGAGACUUAAGUGCGAUUCUCUACCUGAACGAUGAUUUUGACGGAGGAGAGCUCUUUUUCACAGAUAGAGAUGCCAAAACAAUCACAGCCAGGGUGAAGCCCAGCUGUGGGCGCCUUGUUGGUUUCACUUCAGGACCUGUGAACCCUCACGGUGUCACGGCGGUCACGGCAGGCCGCAGGUGUGCACUAGCACUCUGGUUCACCACGGAAAAACGUCACAGGGACAUGGAACGAGAGGAGGCCGAGGCCAUGUUGGGAACAGAUGGACAAAAAGUAAAGGAGGAAAAGGAGGCGUUAGAUAGCAACCUCGCACCUGCUCGGAGUGGGCGGAGCCAAUCAUCUAAGGGCAGAAGCAAAGAGAGGGAGAGAGUAUCAAGUGGGAGAGAUGAACUUUGAAAGUGAUUGAAGCUCUUAUAUAUGAUCCACCAAGAUCUCUGAUCUCUUUAGGAACAUUUGAUAUUCACUCCAAAAGCAUCUCUGAAGCUGUAUGUGUGUGUGUGAAUUAUUUUCUGUAUAUAUGCGUAGCAUCAGCACAUCCAGCAAUAUGACACAAUUUAUUAGAUUUUUGUUUGUUUGGUUUUUUUUACUGAAUAAAUAAAAAAAAUAAUAGGAUUAACUGGA